UAUUUGUUGAUGAGUCAUCGAACUCAACGGGCAGCCGCACCCUCCAACAAACCAACAACCAACCGCGCCGUCCUCCUCCAUCUUGGCACGGACGCAGCGACCAAUCGAUCCGGCGGCAGGCAGACAGGCAGCUGUCGCUGGUCGUCAAACAUAAACAAAGCGGCCCUUCCACAACUCUCUCGAAGAGGUGGGUGAAGAGCGCGCCUUCCCCCCCCGGAACACAGCCAACCAACCCAACAACAGCAGCAGGUAAGGAAGCCAGGAUGGACGAAACAAUUUGGUUCGAGACGUUCGAGGUGCAGCAGGCACAAGCGGCGACCAAAGCACCGCCAUCCGCAUCAACACCCAGCCAUCACAACGACCAGCAACACCAACAGGAAGCGGUUUCGGAACAGAGCACAGCUGGCGUUGCCGUGCUUGAUGUGAAAGUCGUGGAUGCCGAUGUCCUGCCACAGUCACAGAAAGCAGAACAAACAGAGAACGACGUGCAGAAUGAAGUGCAGAAUGAAGUGCAGCCACCACCCAACUUCCACGAUACGAAGGAUGACGGCAACGCAGAGAAAGAGGAGGAAGAAGAUGAUGAUGAAGACGAUGAUGGCAACUGCAGCGUAAUUAUUCACGGCAGCGACAGCGAGGCGUGUGGGUCGACGUGGUAUUGUCGCAGGCAAAGCCAGGCAGAUCUGGGCGUGAGCGAAACGGAGGUUGAGCAAUUAACCAACGAGUCAGAUGUGUAUGGCGACGAAGAUGACGACGACGAAGACUACGAUGACGACGACGCCACCCAUCCCGCUGUUGGGUGUGGAUUGUUCGCACUGUACGACCGUCGGCGGCCUGCGCAAGGCAACAACGACGCGCACGGGCGCGGCUCGGGAAAAGGCGACAAAGAAGACGACGGCAAAGGCUCUGCGCAUCGCCAUGGCGCACAUAAGCGCGUGCACGUGGAGAUUAUGAAGGACCUGGCCAAGAUUGGAGACAGCGUACGCACCUCUGCAAAGAAGGGGCAGUCCAUGAUCACACAGAUGACGGACUGGCUCUCAUGUCUUCUCGGAAACGGCAAAGAGGAGGAAGAUGCUGGCUUCGACAUCAAGUUUGAGAAGAUUAAGCACCUCAAGUUCAUUGGCUCCGGUGCUCAAGGCUGCGUCUAUCUUGGCACAUACAAGCAUGAGGAGGUUGCGGUGAAGAAGAUGAAGGAGUUGAGUAUGACUGUCAAGGAGGAGAGUCUGUUGCGAACACUCAAUCACGACAAUAUCAUCCGCCUCAUUGGCGUUUGCAAAACCGCGCCCGUCUACGCCGUCGUCAUGGAGUACUGCCCGCAAAGCCUGUACGAUGUGCUGCAGCGGCGCCACCUCCCGCCCGCCGGUGUCGUCAACUGGGCGUCACAGGUCGCACACGGCAUGCAGUACCUCCACGGCAAAGGCAUUGUCCACCGCGACCUCAAGUCGCCAAACAUCCUGCUUGGGCAGGACAAGGCGACGCUCAAGAUCUCGGACUUUGGCUGCUGCCGUGAAUACCGGCACGGCAAGUCUGUCACCAUGUCCUUCAGCGGCACCGCUGCUUGGAUGGCACCAGAGAUUAUUCGGUCCGAGAGCUGUACGGAGCACGUUGACGUGUGGAGUUACGGCGUUGUCCUGUGGGAACUGCUGACACGCGAGGUUCCAUACAAAGGCGUGGAUGCGCACGCGAUUGUGUGGGGCGUUGGCAACCAGCAGCUGCACCUCCCCGUGCCUGCAAGCACCCCCGAUGGCCUGCGGCUCGUGCUGCAGCAGUGCUGGGACCAGACGCCCAAGAACCGCCCCUCGUUCACCAUGAUCCUGAAGAUGUUGCACGUGCUGGCCACCACUGACGCGCAGUUUGCAGCCAUGUCCGACUCUGACUUUGAGCAGACGCAGCGGGAGUGGCGUGAGGAGAUUACAGCCAAGUUUGCGGCCAUGAAGCAAAUGGAGGAGCAGCGGCAGGUCUUGAGCGCAGACCUCGUCAGACAACGCACAGAAGAGCUGCAUCAUGCGCAGGAGAUUCGCCAGUUGUACGAGCAACGCCUGGACGAGGUCCAUCGCAUCCUCCACCAGCUCAAGCUCAAGCGACGCAGGGAGAAAAGGCGUCGUGGUCGCCACUCCCGCUCUGCUUCUCGCGACUUCCGUCGCCCCCGCAAAUCCCCGCAGCACCAGCACUCGCACUCCCGUGCUCCCUCCGACGCCGCCGUCAGCGUGGAGACACUGCAGUGGUAUUUGGAGCACGCGGCGGAAAUGAGUGGCCACGACGACUCACUGUCACAAGCGUAAUCCAACGCAGCAGCACACACAAUCGUGCACGUACACAUGCCCCGCUUCUCCCUCUCCCUCUGUAGUACUCCCUUGAUUUCUCGCUGUAUUGAUUGAUUGAUUGAUUGAUUGAUUGAUUGAUCCCUUCCUAUUACCGACGCGACAGGCCAAGGUGCAUUGCUUUGUUUGUACCGUCCAUUGCCCCUUGUUCUGCGCUUUCGUUUUCGUGGUGGUGGUCCGUGUGGCAUUUACACUGCGACUGUGGAUGAUGCUUCGACACGCACCUUGAUUGGCUCAACGCCUGCACUGCCGUUUCCCCUAUUCUGUUCCCUUUGGUUCUCCAAACCUUUGUCGAAACUUGCUCGCGUUAUCGCUUUCUGAUUGAUGUCCUUCGCUUACAGACAGCUCUUGUUUCAGUUCGCCUAAUUCUCCACUGUGUGGUCGUUAUUCGCGUUAACAAGUCGUGUGAGGCUUUCGAUUGUUUCUUGUUCGGCAAGGGGGCCUUCCACACUCCCGCUCUGCCUCUUCCUUCCUUUCUCUCUUGCUUCCCUGCAUCUUCGCUUGUUACAUGACAUGAUUUGACUACUGUCCAAUGCUCGUGCCUUGUUAAUGUAAAUUGCUUCUCUUUUUUAUUUCUGCUCUGACCACCCAGCUGUGGAAGUAAACACAUUUCAACGGCC